AUGUCGAAUUAUUCUGUACUCUCACAGGAGCGUGCUCCUUUCGUUCGCAUACCUGAACCGCAGAAUGCCGGCUAUGAGAUUGUUGAAGCAUCCCCUGGCUGUACCCCAAAGGCACUCCGGGUGCAGUUAUGUGGUGAGACAGGCGCAGAGUCGAAGCCACAAAAAGUAACUCUUCACCAUUCUAGCCUUACGUUCACGGACCUCUGCAUGGAAGAUUCUUCAAAGAUCCCCCCGGACAAUAACAACUCGGCCUGGGCCCGGGCCAAAAAGAAUCCGAUCUCUAACUUCAAAUGGGAAGGAAAUGAUACUCCCACUGUCGGCCAGGUCUGGAUUGUCGUGUAUUGCAUUCUCACAGUCCGUCCGGAACUUGAAGUGUUCAGAAUUACAUUAAACGGUGCCGGGAGUGAUGUUCUAGCUCGUCAGCUUGAAGCCGUCGGACUGGUAGUCGCUCACCCAGCGCCGAGUGCACCUCCAGGCCAGCCAGUUCCUACCUCCGAAGAUCAUAUUGGCCAGCUAGUUGUCCUUCGGCGGUCAUUCUGGCAGGGUGCCGGCUCCCCCUUUGGACCCAGGCCGAUUUGGGUUGUUGGGACUGAAAGUACGGAUGUUUCCCCGUCAUUUGAAUCGGAUUUCCCUCCUCGUGCUCUAGAUUAUUCAUUAACCACCAAAUUCCCUUCAUCACGGAUUCACACCACUCACCCGAUCCGCCCUGCGAAGCCAACACCAGGCUCUACCAUUUACAGCCGUUAUAUCCCACAUUUGAAGGAAACAUUCUCCAUGGUUGCGCUUGACUGGACCAACGAGGAACAUGUCAACUAUUUCCAUGUAUGGCAGAAUGAUCCCAGGGUUGCCGCAGGUUGGAACGAAACUGGAACACUGGAGCAGCAUCGUCAAUAUCUACGAAAUAUACAUGAGGAUCUCCAUCAGUUCCCUGUCCUAGCCAAGUUUGAUGAUACAUUCUUCGCCUAUUAUGAAAUUUAUUGGGCCAAGGAGGACGCCAUUGGGCCGUACUACGAUGCCGGUGACUAUGACCGUGGUCGACACUUCCUUGUAGGAGAUGCUCGUUUCCGUGGCCCUCACCGUGUCAAGGCCUGGCACACCUGCCUAACUCAUUACAUGUUCCUCGAUGACCCUCGGACCAACUUGGUCGUUGGCGAACCAAGGGCAACUGGGGCCAAGGUCCUCGCGUAUGACCAAGCAAACGGAUAUUAUAUUAAUAAGUUUAUUGACCUUCCUCACAAGCGUGCUGCGUUAAUCAUGUGUCCAAGGGAGAAAUUCUUCCAGGAACCUCCUUUUGAAUAUAAGGAAAGCUCUUGA